AACGCAUGGCGCCAAACGAAACGUGAGACAGACUCGCGCGCACUGCCAUACAUACACGAAAAGUGAUUAUUACAACACAAGCGCUGCGGCGCGUGGGCGCGAGGAGGGGGAACGCAUGAGAUAACGGAACAUGCUGCCGCAUUAGUCACCACCAAAGCACAACAGAUGUGUGUACAUGUGUGUGUGUCAGCUACCACCGAACAAAUGAGUGCAAAGGAGUUAGCAGGAUGCCGAGAAGGAAGCGGAGAGAGGAAUGGCAAGGGGCAGGGGAGAAGAGCAUAGCAACCAGUGGAAACAAAAUACACUGGUGGAGACAUCGGCGCGCUAUCGAUACAUCGAUGACGUUACCACGCUGGCUGGUGAUGAGAAAAACGGCGAAGGAUCUCGUACUUUUGUGUUCACCAACGAGGGCCACACGCUGGGAAAUGCGCUGAAAACGAUCAUAGCCCGCUACCCGGAGGUGGAUUUCUGUGGCUACACGAUUCCGCAUCCCACGGAGCAGAAGCUGCACUUCCGCAUUCAAUCCCGUCGAGACAGAGCCAUAGAUAUACUUAAACGGGGACUGGAGGAUCUGGAGGGUCUGUGUGAUCAUACAAUCGUUACGUUCGAAAAGGAGAUGGCCGAGUUUAAUGCAAUGAAAGUGGAAAAUUAGAUAUAUAUGUAUAAAGAAUACUUAAAACU